GAAACAGAAGUAACAAACAGUAGAGCAGCCACAAAGCAGCUACCAGGAAUAUCAGCUGUCUGAUUGAAAUGUCAAUGUAGCUCCUUUCCGGUAACCGUCACGACCUUCGUACUGCAAUAUCGUUUUGUUAAACCUCCCGGACGUCUCCUGCUCUGAGAUUAGAGUGUAAUGGUCUAAUGGAGCUGAACAGAGAUGAGAUCCCUGUUUAUGGUCAGGUGGAAGUGUGUGCAGUGCUGCAGGAUCCUUGGUCUGUUCAGGAAAAAGCUGAGUACUAUGUAUUAUUAAAAGGCUCGCAGAUCCACCAUGUCACCACAGCUCAGAGGAAGGAAAAGAGCCAUUUACUGAGCUUCACCAUACCUGGUCACAAUGUGGCAGAAAAGGUCUCAGUGCAGUUGUACUGCUGGGAUGAGAGCAGCAGCUGCAAUCAGCCAACCCUGAUGUCAGAGGAACUCUCACUGGAGUACAAACGGGACACUAUACAGGAAGUGGCUGAUCUCCUCAUAUCUGACCCUGAUAACUUUACAACAAGCACACAUGUAGACAUCCAGAGAAAAUUUUGUCCAGGAGACAGUAUCCAGCCGGAGCAGGACAGUUCAGAUAUGAAUGAACAGCAUGGCAUAUCAACACUAGAUGGAGAAAGUUUAAGACUCAAUAAAAUGAAAAAAGAAUCAGGGAGUCACAAUUCAGAGGAAACUCCUGAAUGUUGUGAACCUGAUCCUGGUGAAGGAUUCAAACUGGAGCCAUGCAGUGCGGUUGAUGUGAAAAUCACACAAGCAGUUUCUAACAUGUUCUCGCUGCUGGAGUGGAGCAACCAAAAGUCACAGGAAUCACAAGCUUUCCACCACACUGAGACCCCUCUGCACAUAGCUGUGCGUUUAGGUCUGUAUCACCUCACACUCUUCUACCUUCAUCAGUCUGGGGGUCAGGAAAUGGCAACACUGCCCAAUGAGGAAGGACACACUCCUGCUGAACUGGCCCAGAGCAGAGGCAAUGCAGCAAUUAUAAGUGCUUUAUCCAACCUUUUAGCUUGCAGAGAGGAGAGACCAGUGUGGAUGUCCCAAAUCUGGGCUGAUGAAUCACACCUCUUCAGGUCGUACCCUUUAACCAAUUCCUUCGUCCUGACGGUCAAACACACAGUUUAUUUUGAUCCCCAGAGGAGCAUCCAGCUCUAUAGGGAAAAACAAGGAUAUGUAGAAAGCUACGUCCAGGAGGCUGUUCUCACUGAGGUGGAAGAGAAAAGCAGACCGAACCAGACAGAUGACGCCAGUGAUGGAGGUCUGAGCAGCCGGACAAACGCAGAGGAUUGUGUUCUGCUGAACAGUGUUUUUGAAGAACAGCUUGUUCUUUCUCUGGAUGAAGACGAAGAGAAUCCCACCACGUAUAAUUCAGAAAAGUCAUUUUGCUCUCCUCCAGGUUCCAGCUCUCCACUCCAGAUUCAGUCUACGGACAUCACUGCUGCCAGAAUCACAGCCAUGCUCAACCGCACCGGAAAGAAUGAUGAGCAGCACAGAAAGUGCAACAUUGCCGCAGUGACUAAUGACAGCUCUACCACUGACACACUUCCUGUCGUCAAAGUGGAUUAUACGAAAGAGCAGCGACCGUUCUCUCGCACUUUCUCUCCACCCCUCACUCCUUUCUCCCACACUUCUUCAGCAGGACUGGUGUUGGAUCGGUUUCUUCGCAGCAGUUGCCACAACGAUCACGACACUCGCAACGCGGGAUCACUUGCAGAAUCCUAUGAAAUUAGCCCAAACCUCGUGGCCUUGGAAAUGGACAGUGAGGAGGAGGACGACGACAUGCUCAUGAAGAAGCCCCUCCCUCAGAUCUCGGCUGAAAACAAAGACAACGGAGAUAAACAGGACGGCUCCGAUCCGUCCUCCGACCUCGGCUGCACCCGCUCUCACUCUGCUUCCUCUGACUGUAACCAUGGCUACCAGAAGGAAUGCGCAGAUCAGGGAUUACGUCUCCGUUCGUAUUCUUAUUCCUCACCCAAACUCAGCCUGCUGCCCCCCCGCGCCAGCCGAGAUGCCCCGCGUCCUCCUUCUGACCUCAACCACGAUGGCGUCCUCACCAGCAACACCAGCGGCAGCAGAUCUCUCCUACAGGCUCUGUCUCUGUCUAAAUCUCUGUCUCUUCUCAAUCCUGUUAAGCAGCGUGCGCUGAGCUUAACCGAGCAGACGCAAGAGAAAAGGGAGUUAAGGUUCCGUAGACGCACUCAGUCAGCCGAUGACGAGUCCAGCGUCGAGCUGACUGAUUCGCUACAACACCUCACGCUCUCCGAAUUCCUCAAAGAAAUCGAAGAAGAAGGCUGGGAUAAAUACAUUAUUCCUUCCAAGACUGAGCCUGAGAAAUACAAAGUCAGCCGCACCUUCAGUUUCAUUAAAAGCCGAAUGUACAGCACGCGCAGCAAAAAGGGAAAAGCCAAGGAAAAGGAAGUGAAAGAAAAACAGAGCAGCGGACACCAAUUUGCAGCAGGUCCUGUUCUGGGGACCUCGGUUUGUGAAGUGUGUGACAAACCUGUCACUGGGAAGGAAACACUGCACUGCACCAAUUGUGCUGUUUGCGUCCAUAAGGGGUGUAAAGAUUCUGCAGCACAGUGCCUCAAGAAAGUGCAGGACAAAUACACAGUUUCUAUGAAGGCUCGAGCAGCGACACUCCCUCAAAACUUUGUAUUGCGUGAAAGCAUCACGUCUUCUCAGAUAUCCCCCUCAUCCUCCCUCCCUGUGAUGACUCCACGAGACAGAAGAGACGCCUCAACUCUGCCAUGCAAUCUAUCCAGGAGUGUUCCUCUAGUCCCAGAGUGGCUUGCAGAGAGCCCAGAGGGAGACAGUGAUCCCUCCUCCUGGAGAUCUCAUGGUCAGUCAGAGGAGCUCCAGCAGAACGUGGAAUCUUCCACCUCUACAGACUCGUCCCUGGUUGAAGACACAGUGGACGCUCCUCUGCAGAACAGCUUGGGGACAGACGCUCUGUAUUUGGAGGCAGAGUCAUGGAGUCUAGCGGUGGAGCCUCAGUUCUGUCAGAAGCAGGAAAAACGCACGAUCAAGAGACAGGACGUCAUCUACGAGCUCAUGCAUACAGAGCUACACCACCUGCAAACGCUGACCAUCAUGGCGGAGGUGUUUAGGCGAGGACUGCGGGAGGAGGUGGGCUUGGACGCGGAGGCUAUCGCUCGGAUUUUCCCGUGCUUGGAUGAGCUCAUCGUCCUGCACCGUGACUUCUUUUCCAUGAUGACAGAGCGCAGGAAUAACUCCACACAGCCUGAUAAUGAGAAGAACUACCUCAUUCACCAUGUGGGUGAUAUCCUCCUCCAACAGUUUUCUCAGGAGAAUGCUGAAAACAUGAAGCGGGUCUACGGAGAGUUCUGCAGCCGGCACAACGAAGCCGUCAGCUUCUUCAAGGAGCUCCAGCAGCAAAACAAAAGAUUUCAGCUCUUUAUUAAACAACAGAGCAGCAACUCGCUGGUAAAGAGGCGAGAGAUCCCAGAAUGCAUUCUGUUAGUGACGCAGCGCAUCACAAAAUAUCCAGUGCUUUUAGAACGGAUUCUUCAGUACACAGAAGACGGCACACAGGAACAUGCCGAUAUCUCUGCCGCUCUGUCUCUGGUGCGAGAGAUGAUUUCAGCAGUGGAUGUGCGAGUGAGUGAGCGAGAGCAGAGCCAGAGGCUGAGCGACGUUCUCGGCCGCAUGGAAAGCAAAAGCUUAGCCAGGUUGAAGAGCGGCGCUGCAUUUCGCAAGCACGACAUGACCAACGGCCGAACGCUGCUUCACCACGGCCCGCUGCUUUGGAAGACAGCCACCGGCAGACUCAAAGAUGUGCUGGCUCUGCUGCUGACUGAUCUACUGGUAUUCCUCCAGGAGAAGGACCAGAAAUACAUCUUUGCUGCUGUUGAUCAGAAAUGUCCAGUGAUCUCCUUGCAAAAGUUGAUCGUGAGGGAGGUGGCUAAUGAGGAGAGAGGCAUGUUCCUCAUCAGUGCCUCCUCCAGCGGUCCCGAGAUGUAUGAGGUGCACGCGGCAUCCAAGGACGAGCGCAACACCUGGAUGAGGCUUAUUCGAGAAGCAGUGGUGAUUUGCCAUGAGAAGGAGGAGGACACUGCAAGUGAGUCAGAAGAAGAGCGCAGAGCAGCAGAAGCCAAGAACCAGAAAAUUCAGAAGCUACAAGAGUCUCUCUACAGUCAUGACCAGCUGAUUUGCUCCAGCCUGGAGGAGAAGCUCCACAUCUAUGCUGAGCUCGCAGCCAUGGUGGGCCACAGAGACAUCAGCCCAGAGCCAAAGCUGCUGGUGUGCCCUAACACAGAAGAGCUCCCUAAUGCUGCUGUUCUGCUCAACGCUGCACUUAAAGAGGCGGAGAGUCUAAAAGAAGCUCUGUCAUUUCACUGUGGCUCCACCUCCUGUCCAGGUCCUCUGCUUGUGUCUGAGGAACAGAACAAUAGUGAUGCUACUCCUCAGCUAGAGGCUCCUGCUCCUGCGUCAUCUCCUCCUCCAGUGCCUGCCGAAGAAGAACCCCGAGCAGUGGAUACUGUAAGGAGCGAGGAAGAGGAGUCGAGAGGAGAAGACAGCCUCGAGCUCCAGCUUCGGAAUCAGAGCAGUGCAACUGACAAUCAUAAUAUGCACCUUAAGGUGUGUCAGAGCGUCCAGAGUUUGACCCAGUUGCUUUACAGUUUGCAGGCCGUGGUCACCAUCCAGGACAGCCGCUACGAAGUGCGUCGUCUCCUUCUUCUCCUGCUCUCAAGUUCCACCCAACAACGGAUCUCCCAGGGCUCCCUGCAGGAGCAAGAGCGUCAACGUGAGGCAGAGAGGCAGCGUCAGGAGCUGGCGCGGGCAACGCGGGAACGGCAGCAAUGGACCCGCGAGUGUCAGGCUCAGCAUCAGCGUUUUGAAGAGCGUGAAAUGGAACUGGCACAGCGUGAGCAACAGUGCCAUGAGGAGGCCCAAAGGCUGCAGCGCCAACGCGAAGAGCUGGAAGAGCAGCAGCAGGAGUACCAGCAGAGUCUGGAGAGGCUGAGGGAGGGCCAGCGGAGCGUGGAGAGGGAGAAGGAGAAGGUGAAAAUGCAGCAGAGAAUGACGGAAAGAUGGAAACAUGAACGCCAACACAAUACCAGCAUCAAGCUGGAAGGUCACCAAGGGUCAGGAGAUGAAACAAAAAGCUUCCAUCAUGGUCAUCACGGUGGCUUAGAUGAGGAUGGGUCUGUUUACGUAAACGAAGCAGUUUUUCUGGCUCCGUCCAUGAACAAUCGGCAUCUUCAUCACUACCAGCAUCAGUACCAGCAUAAUACUCACCUGCAUCCAGGUUACGUGGAUUCCCCCAGUGCCCAGAACAGUCUAAAUUCUCUGCUGGCUUUGUCCAAUCAUACACACCCUACAAUCAGCAUGCAAGAUGAGCCGUGGACCGAAGAUGUUGGUCCAGCAAGCCAUACUACCAGGACAGCAGGAGCCGUUGGCCCAGGGAUUUAUCAAGGUGAUGCCCUCUUGGUGACGCAAGUUGUUUCCAUGGAAACGGAGAACCAAGAUCCUGAGGGAGAGGAGAAAAUUGUGUAUCUCUAAGUUCAAGUCUCUUUCAUUCCAGAGCUCCUUGGACAGAAACAGGCUGCGAAGCAGGACUCCAGUUUGGUUGAGAAAUUGCACUGAUGCCGUAGACACAAAUAAUCAAUAGAUGGUGAAAGUUAAAGAUCAAAAUGGUUUUGUUUG